CGCUGCCGUGGUUGCUGGGGGUCGGUGAGAGGAGGUGCUGCGGUGGAUCCUGUGGAGUCCUAGUCCGUCGCUGUGUUACCUCAGGAGCUUUCCUCCCUGUGUCGCACGUUGAUUCUUGUGGUGUCGAGGGGCAGUCCCUGCAGACACCGCGGCACGCAGUGGCGAUGCCUCUUUUUGCCACUAAUCCCUUUGAUCAAGAUGUGGAGAAAGCAACCAGUGAGAUGAACACUGCUGAGGACUGGGGUCUUAUUUUGGAUAUUUGUGAUAAAGUUGGUCAGUCUCGCACUGGACCUAAAGAUUGUCUUCGAUCUAUUAUGAGGAGAGUGAACCAUAAAGAUCCUCAUGUCGCCAUGCAAGCUCUGACUCUUCUAGGAGCAUGUGUAUCAAACUGUGGCAAAAUUUUUCAUUUAGAAGUUUGUUCAAGAGAUUUUGCUAGCGAAGUAAGCAAUGUAUUAAACAAGGGUCAUCCUAAAGUGUGUGAGAAACUGAAGGCUCUUAUGGUUGAAUGGACAGAUGAAUUUAAGAAUGAUCCACAGCUUAGUCUAAUAUCAGCAAUGAUUAAGAAUCUUAAGGAACAAGGAGUUAGUUUUCCAGCUAUUGGCUCACAGGCUGCAGAACAGGCAAAAGCAAGCCCAGCCCUGGUAGCCAAAGAUCCUGGUACUGUGGCAAACAAAAAGGAAGAAGAAGAUUUGGCAAAAGCCAUUGAGUUGUCCCUGAAGGAACAAAGGCAGCAGUCAACCACCCUUUCCAGUUUGUAUCCAAGCACAUCUAAUCUUGUAACUAACCACCAUCAUGAAGGCCGAAAAGUUCGCGCUAUAUAUGACUUUGAAGCUGCUGAGGAUAAUGAACUUACGUUUAAAGCUGGAGAAAUUAUUACAGUUCUUGAUGACAGUGAUCCCAACUGGUGGAAAGGUGAAACUCAUCAGAGCAUGGGUUUGUUUCCAUCUAAUUUUGUGACUGCAGAUCUCACUGCUGAACCAGAAAUGAUUAAAACAGAGAAGAAGACCGUACAAUUUAGUGAUGAUGUUCAGGUAGAAACAAUAGAGCCAGAGCCGGAACAAGCCUUUAUUGAUGAAGAUAAAAUGGAUCAAUUGCUGCAGAUGUUGCAAAGUACAGAUCCCAGCGAUGAUCAGCCAGAUCUUCCAGAGUUACUUCACCUUGAAGCAAUGUGUCACCAGAUGGGACCUCUCAUUGAUGAAAAGUUGGAAGAUAUUGAUAGAAAACAUUCAGAACUGUCAGAGCUUAACGUUAAAGUGAUGGAGGCACUUUCCUUGUAUACCAAGUUAAUGAAUGAAGAUCCGAUGUAUUCCAUGUAUGCAAAAUUACAAACUCAGCAGUAUUACAUGCAGUCCUCUGGUGUUUCAGGUUCUCAGGUUUACCCAGGACCUCCUCAGAGUGGUGCUUACAUGGUGGCAGGGAAUGCACAGAUGAGCCACCUCCAGACCUACAGUCUUCCCCCAGAACAACUGUCUUCUCUCAGCCAAGGAGCAGUUCCACCACCUGCAAACCAAGCCCUUCCUAAUCAGCAGACUCAGGCUUCUUAUCCUAACACAAUGGUUGGUUCUGUUCAAGGAAGUACAUAUCCCAACCAGGCUUCAGUAUACAGCCCUCCACCAGCUGCUGCUGCUGCUGCUGCUGAUGUCACUAUCUAUCAGAAUGCAGGAACUAUGUCCCAAGUGCCAAACUAUAAUUUGACAUCAUCAGCACUGCCUCAGCCAGGAGGCAGUCAACAGCCACCUCAGCCACAACAACCAUAUUCUCAGAAGGCUCUGCUAUAGGACUUGGGAUUUCUCUUUAUGACAGAUAUCUGCUAAUUGUCACCAACAACGCAGUGAGAUUGUUUAAUAUCUUAAGAUUUGUUUAAUCCUCAGCUUAUAGGAAUCUAUCUUGGUCAACAAGUUCAGAUAUUCAAGAAGGUAGAUCUCUCUUCAAUUUGCACUGACUUUUUAGAGUUGUUCCCUCUCCUCCUCCCCCCAGUCCCUGGAGGAAUGAAGCUACUUAAAACAUUUAAUUCCUUUCAUAUUAUGAAAGAAUUGAUGUAAGAUUAUUUGUCUCAUAAACUUAUCUGAUCUGCAAAAAAGUCAAACUUACAGAAACUGUUGUGGCAUAUGUUAUGUACAUAUAUAUUGAUGUGUAAUUUCAUUAGUGGCCAUUUUAAAUCACAGUGGUGAUCAUGUGAAUAUAUUUAACACUGUUAAAUUAAUUUACAUUGCUGUUUUAUUUUAAUCAUGAACAACUACCAUGUUUCAUAAUGUUUUGUGUAAAUUUAAGAUAACUACACUAUCCUAAUCUGCAAGAGAACAAAGUUGUAGCAUAUUUACAUGAAGGCAUUCUGUUGUCUGUAUUUCAGUUUCACAUUAAACUGAAACUUCCUUGACUAAUUGCAAACUAAACAUAUGUAUGUUAUAUCUUUCUGUUAGCCUCUGCAUACUGCUAGCUGUCAUCAGACCAGCAUACAGCAGCUAAAUUUUUGGUGUGAUUAUAGAAAAUGAUGAUGUUCUCUUUUUUUUUUUUUUUUUAAGAUUUAUUUAUUUAUUCAUACAGAACUGGGGUACAAUCCA